CUUCGCUUCAGCUUCGCUUUAGCCCAGCUCCAGCUUCAAUCCACUCUUUCUCAUCUUCUGUGCGGGCUGUCUAUCCUUUUACAUCCGUGGUUUUCCCUUCUUUUUUCCUCUCUCCCCUGAUCCGCCCUGGUCGCCUUAUCUUUACCCGGAUCACUCCAUAUAAUAGGGAGACGUCAUUUGCCCCGUCAUCUUGCGCCGGCACUAGAUCAUCUCCGCAAGUUCGCCUAUAAAGAUGUCCGCCCAGUAAUUCCAUAUCUGUUUCCUCUCCGCUUGCCCGCCUGUGAUGGCUACGCCUUAUUCGAACCGUUAUCUGGCCACCCGGCCUGUUCUUCUUGGGUUCGCCAAACUCCUUGUCCUCUCUCUCUUGCCCCUCAUCUCAGCCGCCCCGACCUUCAAGGGUUCCUCAUCCUACAAUAAUAACAACAACAACUAUGCUACCCGCUCCGAAGAGGGGACCGUCGAUGACCCUCAGCUAUGGCUGAAUUUGGGUAUCUCUGCCGCCCUCGUCCUGAGCGGUGGUGCGUUUGCCGGUCUGACAAUUGCCUUGAUGGGCCAGGAUGAGGUCUAUCUGCAAGUCAUUCAAACCUCCGGCGAAGCCCACGAAAGAAAAAAUGCCGCUAGCGUGCUCAAUCUCCUCAAGAAAGGAAAGCAUUGGGUUCUCGUCACCCUCCUUCUCAGCAAUGUCAUCACCAACGAAUCUCUGCCUAUCGUCCUGGAUCGAACCCUUGGAGGUGGUUGGCCUGCAGUUCUGGGGAGUACUGCUUUGAUCGUCAUCUUCGGUGAAAUCGUUCCUCAGUCGAUAUGUGUCCGCUACGGUCUUCCCAUCGGUGCAUGGAUGGCCCCGUGUGUCCUGGCCCUGAUGUAUAUCAUGUCUCCCGUCGCCUGGCCUGUCGCCAAACUCCUUGAUCGACUCCUGGGCGAAGACCAUGGUACAAUUUACAAAAAGGCUGGACUGAAGACGUUGGUCACAUUGCACAAAACCUUGGGCGAGGCUGGAGAACAGCUCAACUCCGAUGAAGUCACCAUCAUUAGUGCCGUCUUGGAUUUGAAGGAAAAGGCAGUCGGUAGCAUCAUGACUCCGAUGGAAGAUGUCUUCACCAUGUCGGCCGAUACCGUUCUCGACGAGCACACCAUGGAUAUGAUUCUUUCGCAGGGAUACUCUCGUAUUCCAAUCCAUGCUCCAGAUAACCCUAUGAACUUUGUCGGUAUGCUCCUCGUCAAGAUGCUAAUCACUUACGACCCGGAGGACGGCAAGCGGGUGCGUGACUUUGCCUUGGCUACCCUGCCCGAGACCCGCCCGGAGACAAGUUGCUUGGACAUUGUCAACUUCUUCCAGGAGGGCAAGUCUCACAUGGUUCUCGUAUCUGAGUAUCCCAGCGAGGAUCGUGGAGUUUUGGGUGUUGUCACACUGGAAGAUGUUAUCGAGGAGCUGAUUGGCGAAGAAAUUAUCGAUGAAUCAGAUGUGUUCAUCGAUGUCCACAAGGCCAUUCGACGAAUGGCACCCGCCCCCAAGUCCCGGGUCCCCAAGGGGAAAAUUGUGGAGGAGCCUCCUAGGAUACCUGUUUCCGAAGGCCAGUUGAUUAAUACGGAUAUUGAACCUCAAACAUCUAGAGCAUCCAAGACUACGACUGAACGUCGCCGGAGCUCAGUCGAAGCGCCGCCUCCCCGUUUCCAGCUGCGCAAGCCUAGUACCAACAGGUUAUCGGAUUCAGCAGAAACAUGGACCCAGCGAGGUGCCACAGAUGAAAUCCGCGAACAUCUGAAGCACCUAGGACCAUCCAACCUGGCAAGUCGUCCGCGGCAGACUCGAUACCAAAACGUGAAAAUCAAGCGAGCCAACAGCUCUCCCAGCCGAUCCGCACAGACCGAUAUCGAUUCUGGAGUGAGUAGGUCGGAAUCCCAGUCUCGCCAAACCCCGGUAUUGGACCUAUCAGGGGGCAUUGGAGCUGGGCUUCUGCAGUCCGCCGGGGUCGAUGCUAAAGAUGGAGCCUACGCAGUAAAGGUGGGCUACGGCACCAUGGAUGUCCCAACUGAUCGACCCAAAGAUGAGCCUGCCCUGGCCAAAGACGGCCCGCAGGUAUCGAUUCCAGAACCCGUCCACGAAGUACGUGAAGAGCAUAUCAUCGAAAACGGACAGGGAAGUGAAGAUGCUAGUCGGCGUUCCUCGGAUUCUCAGUCUGGGGAUCGUAAAGUCAGCGCCUAUCUGCAUCGUGGCCCGGCUCGUAGUGGCAGCAUCACGGAGCAAGUGAUUGAUGUCAAUGGGAUCCGUAAAGUUGUCCUCCACACGACCAGCACCAGCUCAUCAGAUGCCGAAGCACGGGCUUCCCUCAAGCAGAAAUCUCGCGCUCAUCAAGACGGACAGGACGACGAUGAUGACAGGCCAGAAAACGCGAAACAAGGCUCGAAUGCAACCAAGAAACGCCGUCGCCGACGAAAGCGCCAUAACGCCUCCAGCAAGGCGUCCGAGGAUCGUAAGGCAGAAGAGCAGCCUCUCUUAUCAUAAUGACCUCCGGUCAUUGUGAACUAUCUGUCCCUUUGCCGUUCAAGGUGACGCUUGUUUCAAAACAUAUAUUUCGUGCGCAAUAAACAAAAUAUCUUCUAAAAGUCGAACCAAUGUGUGUAUGAAUUACCGGCCUAUGUUGAUUCGGAUUGUCAUGAGAUCAAAAGAACCGGGCGUGC